UUUUUAGCAUGCGUUUUCUCGCUUCUGAGCGAGAAUUAAAAAGAGAUUAAAAAGAGAUGGAUGAUGCGACUCUCCAAGAGCCUUAACUUGUGAUCGUGAUGUUCGCAAUAAACCAAAGUAGCGUUUUUGUACACAUUUGCUACGUCCAUAUAUUGUAUAGUGUCGAUGUGUUGUUACGCAGAUGAAAAAUUGAAGCCGCCGUGCGUGUUACCAGCGGCAGUGAAAUCGCAUUUCAGCUAAUUAUCGCAUUGCUCUUUCCGCAUUAUCACGCGUGCGAUUUGCGACGGUGCGCUAUUCGGCGUUUAGGAAGGGAGGGAAAAAAGCGCAAGAGAUCGUUCGACGAUCGCGAGAGACACACCCGGUGUGUCGGGGCAAUUAAAGCGCGUCGGCGCGUCGUUGCUGCAGCAUGCACCCGCGAUAAUUGCUUCCGUGUACAAUGUGUAAACCGCUUCCGGCCGCUCGCGCGGCUAAACCGCGCGUAAUCUGUGCGCCGUGUAACGACGAAUUUCACGAAUUGCCCCGGCCACGUCGGCCAGAUGUCGGCCGACCACCAGGCCACAUAUCGCUCUCCUCCCUUCCCCCCCCUCUCACUCUCUCUCGCUCUCUCUGUCGCUUACUCGUACGCGGAAAUGCAUCCGCGGGGUUGCAAUUGGUCUCUGCAUCUCCCGAAGGGCCCGGGCUCGCUGCGCGAGAUAAUUGGCGGUCUGUCGGAGGAGUCGGCCGACUUUAUUCGACAAACGACUUAGUUGCAGCUCCGGCUAUUAAUCCGCUUGUAAUAAAUUGGUCGUACUCUUCAUACGAAGAGAAAUGAUUCAGCAAAGAGAGAGAGAGAGAGAGCGCGCUCAGAAUAACUCUUCAAUGGCGAAAGAAUCAUUCGUUCGCUUAUAUAACUGAACGGGACAAAGAAUGAUUCAAUACGUUUCUCGACUUGUGGAAGAGCUUUUCAGCAUGACGUACAGAGAUUCGCGAAAAGAAAUUAACUCGAUCUUCGUGCUCGGAUUGCGAAUUGCUCCGAGCACCACUGCCGUCGGACGGCUGGGUUGGUUAGUCGGUCGGUCGGUCGGCGAGUCGCGUGGCGGAAACUGUCGCCAAGAUACUGCCAGAUAUCCUAAUGAACUCGAGCUUCUCUAAUUACUCGGCCUGCAAUGCGCCCUACACGGCCCGCCGGAAUUCCUCGAGUGAGACGAUCGUCUUCGUGCAUCCGCCGAUCUCCCCGUGAACUCCGACGCGUCCUUCCGAGAGAACUCUUUCGUUCCUCGACGGGGUUUUGUCAUCUCGCUCGACAAACUCGAAGAAUCGACGUAUGAAUGCUUUGAAAAGUGUAAUUACGAGCGAACACAACUUUGACACGUUCAUUGUUACGUAUGUGUGACUUCAUUUCGCCGGUGUGUUUGGUUAUCGCUUUAUUAAGAAAUAUUUGCCGGAAAGAAACAUAUCAUUGAAAUAUUGGAAAAACAUAAUUAUAUUUUUAUAUUUUAAUUUAUAUAAUUCUGUUGUAAUUCUACUAUUCUUUUUUUAUUUAAUUAAAUAAAGAGAUAUUUAACAAUUUAUAAUAUAUCAAGAUAUUAUAUUAAAUUAUAGUUAUUACUGAAAAUCAUAGAGAGAGGAUAAUAUAAUUAUGAUUUGUUUCCUUUUUCAUUUUCUUUAUAUUCUUAUUUAUUAUCUUUUAAUCUAUCAUUUACUCUCUUCUUUAUUAAUAAAACAACAUUCCCUUUAGCAAAAAGAAAAUACUAAAUUUAAAAGAAACUAAUUGUUAGAGUAAAUUAGUCAAGAAAUAGCAGACAUCGAACCAGCAGUUUGUCAUUGUAGUUGUCAAUAUAUAUAGUCUAUAGACUAUAUAUAAUUUUAUAUAAAAAUAAACUCAAGAUUUAUGUGCACAACAAGAGUGUUUGUAUCUUUAGAUACACGCAGUCUAAGCGGAUUGUCGACUGUGUUCGCCGGCGGCGGGCGAAAGUUUUUCCGCGGCCGUCAAGAUGUUAACGUUCAACAUUAUGCUCACCGGAUAUCGAUAUCCGCAAUUAAUUUCCGUAACGAAAUCGCACAACGGCUGAAACGAGCUCGUGAUCGUCGAGGGCGAUCACGCAAAGUGACAACGAGGAAAUACGCGAUACCACGACGAAUUACUCGCGAUACGGUCGACGGAGAGCCGACACGACUGACGGGGAAGAAACAAGCCGAAGCGGGUUAAGAGAGUUGGACCCUUAAUUGAGCGCUCGAGUUUCAGCGGCGAGUCACUCACUCAGUCUCUCUCUUUUUCUUCCUCUUUCUCUCUCCCUGGUAUACCAAUUACAACCGCGGUAACGAUAUUUACCAUUGUCGGGGCGAACCGACGCGGCGCUCUCGCGCCUAUCCGUGGCAUUAGCGCGGCGCCGUAAUAACACGGUUAAUCCGACGAUAAUUUCUGUUCGCGGUAAUCUUAAUUGCCCGGAACACCGCGAAUCCUCUCCCCCGUAUCGCGUAGGCGGCAACGCGCGGCUACGCACCCGUCGUCGUUCUUUCCCUUCACCGUGAAAUGGGGGUUAAAUUGGGCCGGCAGGGGUGACCGCGGCCGAAAAGAGCGAGAAAGCAAGAGAGAGAGAGAAACAGAAGUCACGUUGGUGCCGAAAGAGUUCAUCGGAAGUUGCGUUGGUCGAGAUCGUUCGCGCGAAGAAAAAUCGUCGCGCGCGCGCUUUGACGUGAUUACAGGUCGAUUAGAAAUUUAUCUGAUAAUCAGGUUGACCCCAAUCAGUCAUCUAGUUUAUACAAGAUGAUGUUAUCGCAUCCUAAUUGUUGAGAAUCCUUAUUAUUAAUAAGGUUUUGAUCGUCACACCGUAUUACAUGACUUAUUAGGCCAAUAACAUCACCAUUCAACAAACCAGAUAACUGAUUAGGAUCAACCCAAUGAGGAUCAUGAGACCAUGAGAAAAUUACUAUAAAAUUCUCUCACGGAGGAAAUUUUAUAGUAAUCUUCACGAUAGUAUUUUUCACUUUUCUAAAUUACUAUAGUAAUUUUGACUAAGAUUCUUUUCGUGUAAAAAUUUAUCCCAUGGUUUCCAUCAGGUUGAUCCCAAUCAAAUAUCUAGUUUAUGUAGCAAAAAUCUUUUCAUCAGUUUUGUAAGCGUAAAAGAGAUCAACACUGUGCAGCAAUCAAUUGUUCUUUCAUUUCAUGUGUUUCUUAUAUUUUGGUAACUAAAGUACUCUUUUAAAUAAAUUUGCUACGUUUCUAACGAAAUGCAUUGUGUUCCUUAGACCAAAAUAAACUUCACUGACAUUGUAUAUCCCUGCAUUACUAGAAACAUGUAGUAAAACUGAAUAGAAUUUGUGUGGAAGAAAGAAACUAUAAUGUUCUUUCCGUGUGGUCGAGAGGUUCAUUAAGAAUGUUGGAAUUCUCUGUAUCAAGGUACACGCACACGUGUACAGUCGUUUGCAUAAAGGUAGUAAUAUUUCUUUUGGACGAGCUCAUACAAUACGAUGAUAUUUACGCUUCUGCUCAUACAUUACUGUUGUACACCACGUAUUUGAAAAUUUGACAGCUCUCAAACCGCUCAAUGCUUAAGCUCGUGUGCAGAGGUUCGUAUGGCGGUAUUCAUAGUCCGAUCUUAUAUUUAAGAUUAUCUUAAGUACUGUCUUAAGAUGUCAUGAACCAAUUACAGAGCAGUAUUCGCAUCUUAAGACAUUACUUAAGACGGUCUUUGAAAUAAGAUUCGACUAUGAAUUCCAGCCGUAGUCUCGUCGAAUUCGCGUGUUCAUAAACCUGCCCGGAAAAAAGUGUCACAAACUUUACGCAAACGACAUCGUGUGCACGCACGUACACACGCGUCCAUCCCUUGGAUUUGGUCGCUGAUGUAACCUGCAUCGACUCGUCGCGAUCGGCAAAUUGACGAUAACUCGCAGCCGUUUGACAUCGCUUGACAUCAAAAUCAACCCGUCGACGUAAUAAAACGAUCGCCGACAAUCAGGCCGAUUACGCCAAUGAACGUCCAAUGCGGAACGCGCACGGUACGCUGCAUCGGCGCGUUCCACCGAUUUCUUUCCAAUGAGACGCAUUGACGACGAUGACAACGACGAUCGCGUCGUCGUCGGUCGUCGGCUCGACUUCUUGUACGCGUGCGACGAAGGCGCGAUCAUCAAAACAGAGAGCGAGCGAGCGAGAGAGAGAGAGAGAGAGAGAGAGAGAGAAAGAGAAAGAGAGAUAUUCAAUGACGACGGCGAUUCGCAACUUUGUGCGGGAGGCUCGCGCACUAACGCCUUUUCCGCGGUCUCGUUACGGAUUAUGUAAGCGCCAUGCGUCGAUCGACACGCCGAUCGGCACGUGUUACACCGGUUAUGCGUCCCGGAAUGAGACAGCCAGUCGCGAGAUUCUACGCGGCUAACAGGUGCGACGGUGACGUCGAGUGCGAGCGGACGAUGGACUGCGAGCGUAGAUAAAGGAGUCGCAUCGUGGAAAUACCAGAAGCCACAUUGCAGAUCGCCGAUUAAUUGCCUACACGGCGCACGUCGCGGAACGGUUUCGUGCGGGCUUAGAAAUACGGACAUAAACGAGGAAGGAAAUUUAAAUCCUCGAUUAGCUUUUUGCUAUCGUUGUUUUGCCACCGUAGAUGUACGAUGUCGUGUAAAGUGGCAAGAUAAAAUAAGUCGGCAAAGUGAAAAGGAACCCGCGCUCGAGACUUAACACGUUGACAGGCGCACACUUACGACAUAAAAAACUUCUCUUGCCGUCUACACGCGAAGAGAAUAUAUAUUAUAGUUAUUUUUUCAUGUAAAUUUUAUUUCCAACUUAAAAACUGAAUAUAAUUAUCAGGUUCUCAAAGGUACGAUCAAACAUAGGUAAAAAUUUUAUCUAUGUUUUAUUCUGUCCAAUUUCACCAUGUUUUCUAGUAGUGUACGAAUAGACUGUCAAUAGAGUUCAUCUUCUGAAGGAACACAAUAAACUUGUUCAAAAAUAGUAGAUACUUCACAUACAGACAUACGCAUACACACACGUAUCACAUUAUGUACUAAAAUAUGAAGAUGACACGUAUGAAACGUAUGUAACGUAACGUAAUAAUAAAUUAAGGCAAAAGUCUGGUCUGUUCCUUGAUAACCAAUCUUGGUUAUAAGGUCCUAUAACAGUUUUUAUUACAAAAUCUUCUGCGUGUAAGAAAAUGAACAUUCGCCUUAUACAUAAGUCCAAAAAUCUAUCUUCACCUACUCCCUAUAAUGUUAAUAACAGACAAUUAUCAUUGAUAAAUAUUUCUUUACAAGACGAUUACCCUUCGCGGAAUGAAGUCACACAUACAUGACAGCAGCCGUCAAAACGUCAAUUCACUCGGGAAUACCGCGCGCGGUCGGUUACCUCACUAUCGUACGCGGCGGCCGACCGAUCAUAACUUCGCUAGUUCCGAAAGAACCGAUCGCGGAGAUCGACUGGCGAUUGAUGUUGACACGGAGACUGGGAUAACCCGAGCGCACGAAGUGCUCGUGGCGGACGCUUUCGUGGAUGACGGGACUGAGCUAUAAUUAAAGCGGUGGCCGGGUCAUUACGCCGUACCGGCGAUAAAUUACGACUUUUACGAGGCCCCGAGCAAGGCCGCGCGAAUGCGCACCGGGUCCGAGGAGGAACCUCUUCCUCGCAGCAAGCCUCGCCGCGGUGCGAGGCGUCACGGUGCGUUCCGUCGAGGAAUCGAAAAUGACGACGGAUGAGACGGGGGGUUGGGGGCCACCGCGGUGGCGGGCCCUUCACGCGCGCGGGACUUGCGAAAAACGUACGCGCGUUUACAGCCGUGAGGUACAAAUUACGGAGGAUCGUGACCGGCGUCGAGAUCGUCGCCUGACAAGACGGGCUUCCUUCUUCUGCUUUCUCUCUCCCUCUCUUUUUCUCCCUUCCUCGCGUCCCUUCCUCUUGAGUAAAGGACUAACGGACACGGCGUGUAAGGCCCCUUGAAUACCGAAAAUACGUCGUGACAUCGGAUAAUCGAUAAGACGGAGUGUCGCCCGGACGCUCGCACGUCCCCGCGCGUAAAUAUUUUGAUUAAUGAUCCCGUGAGGAUCGUCCGGUCGGCUCUUGCUUCUCGAGUCCGGGACGCAACGGCCCGAUUCCAAAACCGGAUACCCCUUUCGUGUCCCCUUCUCGCGUCGGAGAGAUCCACGUCUCGUCUGGUCUCUCUGUCCCUCUCUCUCUACUCCUUUCUAUUCUCGUCCUCGUCCGACCAACGAUCCGUCGGCCGUCUCAUUCCCGCUGUGUGUGUUUGGUCCUGCCUGCGGUCGAACGCAAACACGUUCCGCCGAGGAGGCUUUCCGAGGAUCACGUGGACGGGCACGCCGGCGUGGAUCCUGGGAAAGAGUCCGUGCAUUGUCCUGGCGUUGUCGGAAAAACUGGUCGUCACCAACUGACCGUGGAUAAUGCGGGCCCUUUCCUUCUUCGCCCGGCACCGUUCGCGUUAAAUGUCCCGGCGUAUUAUCUCGCCGCUCGAAACAACGCCCAGGACGACCGGAGGCGUUAACGUCCAAGACCAGUCGGACUUGUCCCAGUUCGCGGCGUGCGACGCGUGCCGUUGUUCGAUCUCGAGGAGGUCUCUCACCAGUUUUAUUCGGGGCAAAACGUUCUCUCUGGCGCGCGGAUCGCAAAGAUCCGAGAGAGGAUCCUCGCGACGAGGUAUACUUGCCGCCAAGGGGUGUACCGUAAAUCAAGGCGUCCGUUCAUCGGCGAUCCCCGAACAAUCCGAACGAUAUGCCGUGCCCCCUUCGGACGGCUCCUCGGCCAUCGCUCGAGAUUAGGUUCUGGACCGACGGAGAAAGGGGCACAGAGGGCGAUAGAGCGAAAGACAGAGAGAGAGAGAGAGAGAGAGAGAGAGAGAGAGAGAGAGAUGAACAUUAAUCUGCCGAUUACAGGAACUCGGGAACCUCCCAUUCCAAGUAGCACGACUGGUACAAGAUUCCCCGUCUUCGGUUAUUGCGCAAUAGUCGUUCGGGAUUCGACCCUACCCGCCGUUUCCGCCGGGACUAACCCUCGGAUCCUCCAUCGAUCGGCGACCUUGAAAUUAGGAUGACCGCCGAGUUAAAGAGUGAUGACGGAUAUUUGUGGCUUGUCCGCGACGGAUCGGCCGAUCUCCGUCCUGAACCCUAACGUCUAUUACCCUAUUUCCUGCGAAGGCUGCCGACUCCGGCGACUGCGACCUCGCGAGAGGUCGGAUCGACGUUUGUUCGGUCGUUACGUUAUCUCGACAUUGAGAACUCGUGACUGGACUCGAUCGAUCAUACCGGCGCGCUCGUUGGACCCAAUUAACUCGAAAUUGUCUUCACUCUUUUUUUACUCGGAAAUACAUUGUACGUUUCGAGUACUGUAUCAAUAGGCGGGCUCUCUGAAGUCUUUCGAAUGAGCGAGUGCGCGUAAUGUUGAUAAUAGAUACAUAGUCCUUAUUCUGAACUCUCUUCUAUCGAGAAAAGGGUUUCUACAUGUGCACCUUAUAAGCUUCCUGAUUGGUUUCCAAUCAUAUUUCGAGACUCUUUCAUCAGGAAAAGAAAGGACUUACGUCUUUAACGUGUAAACGAGAGCUUUUUGUAAAUUGUUGAGCAUAUUUUAAGGAUUAAUAUUAUCCUAUAAUCUCUUACAGUUGAAUCUUAUUUUCUGAAACAUGUCGCAAAGUAAAGUGUGUUCACCUCUUUAUGAUCCCGAUUUUACAGGCUUCUAGUCGUGCUGUGAGUUUAUCAAUCGCGAAUAUAAUGUUGGGCAUUAAUCAAUUAAAAUUUCAGUUGACCGAAAUAAUUGGCAAAUCAAUAAUCAAGAUCAAUCAAUUGUCAUACAUGUAAUCACGAAUAAUUUAAUCGAUUGACGAGAUUAAUUAUUUACCAAACUUUGGUUUGAUUGAUUGUAUCCUGAUUAAUAAUUAAUUGCAUCAGUACAUUGAAUUAUUCGUGAUUACAUAUAUGAUUGAUUGAUACGCGAUUAAUUUUUAUUGUUGACUGAAAUUUGAUUAAUUUAGUCAACUAAAGUUUUAAUUGAUCACUGCCCAGCAUUGAUUGGGAAAUAGUUGAAUCGUGACUGUAGAACCUCAAUAGAAUAGUUUGAUCGUGAGUCAACAAUGUUGGAAACAAUGUCGAGUCACGAGUUGAGAGCGCGCGAGCAAAGUAACGACAUGAACUAAUACAAAAAAGUCACAAGCGAGAAGACAAGAUGCUUUAUCCAGGCUCAAUUUCUUAAGUGUCACGUUUUCCUCUAUUUUUUGCAUUCGUUCAACCACUGAUCCAGUAGUGUAACUAAAACAAUAAGCAAAUGUUGACAAUAGACUCAACGGUGGAAAUUUCGAUUUUUACAUUUUUAAGUUUGCAAAUAUCGUUGAACUUACGGGCCAAUAAAGAAUUUCAAGAUAUAGCGUUUAUAUAGACUAUUGUAAUCUUUUGGCGCUAUAAAUCGUAAUUUAUUGUCGUUUUCUCUACGUGGAGACUUAAGGAAGAAUUUGUUGAGAGCGUUUAACCAAGUCGAAAUUUUUAUUCUACAUUGACACCGUCGAAUUUGGAAAGGAGGAAUCUCUAGAUGUACAAGCUAUUGGUUUGUACGUUCGCAGAUAAUUGUUUACUAUUUGUUUAGUAUUUUCGCGAUGCACUUUGGCGACGUAUUUCGCCGAGGUGGUUUACCGAUUAGCGUUUCUCAGUCGCGGUAGCGGCCUUCAACGCUCGUCCUUGCACCCCUCGCGCGAGGUCUCCGUCUUCGCCGGACAAUGUCGUUCCCAGAGGAUACAGUCGAUUAUAUUUAUUAUUUGUUCUCGAAGAGAGAGCAGACACUCGCGCGUUGGGGGAUUGUCGACGUUGCGAAUGAAAUCGUGACUCGGUCUCGCGGUGGGAAUCGCAGUUAACGCGCGUGCGAACAAUCGAUAGAUGACAUAUUGUUCGUAACAAUCGCGUGCAGCGGGUAUUAAUCGAAUAAAAUAGUUGCUAACUAAGUAUCGCUUCAUCUCUUGCCUAGCUGUCGGAAUUAUCGUAGCUUCCAUGCGCAUAUACAUACACGCCCGCCAUAUUUUUAUGUCAAUUUCAUACGAAAAUUUCACUAUUGCAAUGCGAUAGAAAGAAUGAAGAUAAAGAAUUCAUUUUUUUCUUCUGUGUUUAAUUUAGAAUUUAUGAAAAUUAGAGUUUAUAAAAAUUUUGAUACGCCAAUCCGUUAAUAUUAGCUUCGCUUCAGUGCCAUCCAAAGAGAAAAUUGAUUACGCAACGAUAUGAAGUAAAAAUUGAAUAUUAAAUCCAAUGAUAAAAAAAAUGAACAAUAAGUACCAGCAAUUCCCCCGUGGGACCGUGUUCGCGUUUCGGACAAUUCGUCGUUAUGCGACAGGUGAGUUCCACGUGCACGUACGUGUACAGCGAACGCGAAGGUUGCUCAAGAAUGUCCACUGUUUCGAUUAUAGUAAUCAGCCGCGGCGUGAGUAAACUGGUGUUUAAGAGACGGGGAUACUAUUUAUUUGUCGUGUAUUACACGUGUGACGUGUCCCGUACGAGUCACGUUACACCUCCGAGAGCACGGCAAUUGCGCCAACAGAGUAUUACACGUUUCGGCUUUUUCUUGCUUUAUGACGCCAGUACGUCCCGCCCACACUCGUAAAACGAAACGUAUCUCAACCAUCCUAUCUCCCUUCCUUUCUUUCUCUCUCCUCUUUCUCUCUACACUCCCUCGAAUUCGGCAUUUGCAAAUACGCCGGUAAGUCGCGACGUUCUCUUUCUCUCUGUCUAUCCUCUCGCUCUCUUCAGAGUGGAAAUUCGAUUCCGGCGACGCGCGGUCUGAGAUACAACCGCGAAGGGCUUCUUCUCUUCCUCAGGGUCUCUCUUUCUCUUACUCCUUCGCUCUCCCUUGCGCCUCCGGCACACGAGUCUUACGCUUACUUACGGACUUACGGACUUACGUCUGAGACGCGCGGAAGGAAGAAGCCGGAGACGUCUCGCGGGCCCCGCGGGCUAAUCGUUCUAACGAGAUCACGCUAUAUUAUUCCGACUCGGCUAAUCUUUAUUAAUCUCGUUUUCACUCGAGGCGCGUGCGUCGCAUUUCUCGGCGAGUCCGAAUGUUUCGCGGAAGUGAGCGAGUGAUAGUCCCCCCGUGGGUGCCCCUCGGCGUCUCAAUUGGCGUGAUCGCGGCAAACCGUGACGGUUUCCAUCAUACGAGCAUAGUCCAUCAUACGAGCAUAGGAUACGACGUGUGAGGUAGACUGCAGCUCGUUACGGAAAGAGAGACUUUUUUUAUCGCAAGUGAAAAUACUAAGGUCGCCGUUUGGGGAAACUUCGUAAGCGAUUUUUUAAUUAUGGUUGAUUUACAAUAGGCUUGUAGAAGUGGCGAGAAACCUGCAUUAUAUUUCACGAGCACGCGAAUAUAUAAAAUAUUUUUCAAAUAUGAAAAUAUAUAUUUUCUUGAAACCUUACUUUCUCAUAGAAAAGCAAUUGUUUAUUCUUUUUGAGUAAGAAAAAUUUAGAUUUAAGAAAAUAUGUUUUAGUUGCAUCCACACCCAAAAAAUAUUUAAAACAUUUUUUUUUUAAUGUUUUCUUUUAGUGUAAAUAGCUUAACCUUAUAUAUCUCAUACGUACUCUUUCUAGAAAUCUUUUUAAAAAAUCACUUAAGAAUUUUCAAAGAUGACUUGAUAUUUUUGCGCUUUUAACUCAUUAUUUUAACACUAAAAAAUUAAUCUCUUCCUUCAAUUGAAAUGAUAAAUUGAUGAAUGAUAUGAAAAAGACGUGGGGAGGGAAUACAAAUGAGUACAUUUAAAAAACGUAGGUGGUAACGGUCAAGGUUAAUAAUACGGAUUAGUAAUAAUAAUCAGGAAUUCAUUAAUAAUCCGAUGACAUCAUCUUAUACAAACCAGACAACUGACUGAGAUAAAUCUUAUCUUAUGUCAAGAUCAUGGGAUAAAUUUCUAGUCAGGGCACUGCAGGACGCGGUCGCGUUUUACGUAUGGAGAAACGGAGCUAGCGUUCUGGAACACAAGGCGAGCCUGAAUCACGGCGAUUCGCGGCGACGUGCCGUUUGAUCUCUCGCUAAGACGCCCGCUAAACACUGCCUUACACCGCCAACGUACCGCGAGAGUCGAACUUUCUAAUCGGUAACCGCGCGCGCUGCUCGAUAUCGUCGAAUAACGUUUCGUUGUCUUCUUUAGAGGAGAGAAAGAAAGAGAGAAAGAGAGAGAGAGAGAGAGAGGGGGGGGGAGGAAAAAGAAUACUUCGACAUGUACUCUCGAUCAUUACAAUCUAUACGGGGAUCGAGGACAUCGGUAAAAGCCACGGCAGUCGGCCAGGAAGAUGCGCGAAUAGAAAUUCGUGGCUCUCCGACGAGCCGAGUUCCUCGCCGAUCUCUACUCGUGAGCAUCUCGUUACCUGGCACGACGAUAUGGAGAUUUUAUUCAGAAAAUUACAUUCUCUAUAAUGCGAUUCGUUCCACUUCUUUCUUCCCGAAUUAAAAUCUAUAUGGGAUUUCCAAUCGUAGAUUCAUCUCGAAGGAAACUCACAAUUGACUUUCACUCCACAAGCAGAUUUAAAACUUUACAUUAAAAAUGUCAGAUUUAAGAAUGAGAGCGGAGUGUGUGUGUGUGUGUAUAUAUUGAUACUCUAACAUCUAAAUUAACUGAUAACACAGAGUCAUCUUAUUCGAAUCGGACGAUUGUCGGAUCUAUUAGUCAGGAAUUAGAAAUUCGAUGAUAAUCAGAAGGUUAGGAACUGAUAAAAUAACAUCACAGGUAUAUACGACGCCGAAUAUCGGGCGGUACCGUCGGCAUGUUAGCAAGAGAAAGAGAAAGAAAGAGAGAAAGAAAGGGGUAUAUCACGUCACUAGAGCGCGUCUUCGUCGGAUCGCGACAUCGCUCGUGGCGCGCGUUUUUGGCGCCCGUCAUGCAUUGCGCGGGCAUCGUCGAUCUUUUUGCGCCGAGCAGCCAUUAUGGACACAUCGGGCGACAUCGGUCCGCAUUUUACGCGCCUUUUGUCCGUCGAAAGUGAGUCUCGCGCAGAGAUAACUAUUGGGAGUGCCGAAAACAGCGACGUGCGAUCGUCGGGACGUCUCGUUGCAAAAGUUUCUUCAAGAGAAGCGUCAGGCGGAACCUGACGUAUUCGUGUCGAGGGAGCAGGAACUGUCCCAUCGACCAGCAUCAUAGGAACCAGUGCCAGUUUUGCCGCUUGAAGAAGUGCCUGAAGAUGGGCAUGCGCCGGGAAGGUAUGCACUCCGUGCAGAGGGGGCGGGUACCACCGUCGCAACCCCAGCUGCCGGGUCUGCCGGGCCAGUUCGCCCUCACGAACGGAGACGCGGUCGCGUGUGCCAACUUGAACGGACACUCUUACCUCCAGUCGUACAUAAGCCUGCUCCUCAGGGCGGAACCUUACCCGACCACGAGAUAUGGCCAAUGCGUACAACCCAGCAGCAACAUCAUGGGCAUUGACAACAUGUGUGAGCUCGCGGCAAGGCUGCUCUUCUCGGCGGUCGAGUGGGCCCGCAACAUCCCGUUCUUCCCGGAUCUCCAGGUGACGGACCAGGUCGCCCUGCUCAGGCUAGUGUGGAGCGAGCUGUUCGUCCUGAACGCGAGCCAGUGCUCGAUGCCUCUCCAUGUGGCGCCGCUCAUCGCGGCGGCGGGCCUGCAUGCCACCCCGAUGGCGGCGGACCGCGUGGUCGCCUUCAUGGACCACAUCAGGAUCUUCCAGGAGCAAGUGGAAAAGCUCAAGGCGCUACACGUCGACACCGCGGAGUACAGUUGCCUCAAAGCUAUCGUCCUCUUCACCACAGACGCCUGCGGUUUGUCGGACGUGGCGCACAUCGAGUCCGUCCAGGAGAAGUCGCAGUGCGCCCUGGAGGAGUACUGCCGGUCGCAAUACCCGAACCAGCCGACGAGGUUCGGCAAACUGCUGUUGCGACUGCCGUCGCUGAGGACGGUGUCGUCGCAAGUGAUCGAGCAGCUUUUCUUCGUGCGGCUGGUGGGCAAGACGCCGAUCGAGACGCUCAUCAGGGACAUGUUGCUGAGCGGCAGCAGCUUCAACUGGCCCUACAUGACCACGAUGUGACACUCUGUCUGGCGGCAGCUGGCUUCCGCAUAAUACUGUCACUAUACCUGGGGCGACGUCGCAGCGCUCGGCUCGCCGCGACCCGGACUCGCUCAUGAAUAGAGAGAAGGAAAGAGAGAGAGAGAGAGGAAAAUAGAGGGAGAAAGAAAUAGAAAAGCAAGCAUCGCGGGUCCGCGAAGCUCGCUGACACGACGAAAAGGACGACGGACGCACGGGCGCGACACCUUGACGUUGCCGUCGUCGUCCGCCAAGUCGCGCGUCCAAGAGACGACGUCGGAAGCGCGCGUCCCGAACGAAUGUCGUUCCCGUCGACGUUGUUAUUAGCCCGGUUACGCGGUCGCGACUUUCGCCGGCGUGUCGUGCCGUGACACGCGACAACGCCACGUGAUCGACCCGCUUCUCUAGGAGACCUCGUCUCCGGGAGAGAGAGCGUUUCUCGAAACGUUGAGGCGCGAGGACCGGCGGUCGGACUCGUGGCGGAAAUCAGGAUUUUAGUCAGAACUCGAAGUUUCUACGCCGACGUAACGCGACUCGACAUCGAGAAGAGGAAGAGGACACACCAACGAACGCGAAGAUGGCAAAAUUGAAGAGGGAAGAAACAUACGACGGAGAGGGGGAGGCUCGCAGGAGGAAGAAUUAAGCAUGGUCAUUAACGAAGUUCGACCGAGAGUGAUAGGAUAAUGCGCGCGAAGCGGAGAGAAAAGUGGGCGUGUGGAGGAGACGUCGUCUUGUUCGUCGAACGACGGGGAGGAAUCUCGGCGAGCGCGGUAAGACGGGGGAGAGAGAGAGAGAGAGAGGGGGGAGGGGGGAGAGAGAGAUAGGGAGAGAGCGAGAAGAAAAGAUGUAAUAAAGACGUUGCUCAUUCAGAGAAUCGCGGAGGCGCCAAGUGGCCCGACAGCGCGUCCAGGAACAUCCACUGGGCGUUCAAACUUGGUACUUGCUAAAGUGGUCGAGCGAGCGAGAGAGAAACAGGGAGGGAGAGGGGGGAGAUUGUGCGUGCGAGGGACUUGUCAGUUGUGUUUGUGUGUGAGUGCGCAUGUUGCGUGAGCAAAAGAGCGAAACAGAGCGAGAGUAUGAGAGAGUGAGAGAGGGAAGCGUGGGGCCCAGGGGGUAAUAGAUAGAUAGAUAAGCGUUUUGUUGUAUCUCUCCUGGCUGAAGAAUGAAAUAGAGGGGAAGAGAGGCGGUUGGAGAGAAACAGGGGGUGAGGGUGGAGGGAGGGUCGGGCAGGAGAAGGGGGGAGGAGGAGGACGAGCGUGGCGUGAAGAAGUCAUAAAUUAGCAUUUAUAAUCAACGACGGGGGAGAGCCGGUGGAUCUCCCAUCGCUAUCUCGAAUCAAUCUUCGCGCCGAGUACUCGCUAUUAGUCGAGUCAUGCCAUGGGCCUUAGUCAUUCGUCUUGACGCCUCUUCUACGAGAGCCUGCGUUCUCCGAGAGUCCACGGCCCAUGGUGGUGCAUUCUUUCAGAAAUAUCCCUUUCAGUCGACGACGAGACAAGACGAGACUCUGGUUCGAUGCUCCCGCAGAUCUAAAUCACUCCAACAUUGUUCGCCCUUCGCCCAACUUUUCCGUGACUUUUGGAAACGAGUCGGUUCUCCCCGCAUGGCCACGUGAUCGACUAACAUAGCACUUGAAUCACCGCGCAAGGGAUUUUCUGAGGACCUUAGAGAUGUGAUCUUAGUCUUUGUGUUAAAGUGUAUCUUUUAAAUUAUUUGCGUAAUUCUCGUUUGUUUGCGGAUUGGUGGCAAGUUCAUCCUUCUUCUUCUUUUUGUUUCUUAUUUUUUUUUUUGUAAUUAGCACGCACUCACUUCAGCAUGCAUUCAGAAUAAUUCCGAGAGACGCGGCUGAGGAUCGUCCGGCUCUUUCCUCCGCGCCGCUCUUCGCGCUUUGCAUUUUCUCAUCUGUUACGUUUUUACUAAAUAAAUCGCUUGCGGUUCGUUGAAUUUGCAUCGUUUCACCUCGUUUUUCCGUCUUAGUCUUAAGGAUGAAAUCUCUUGUAAAGACCACGCUGCGCGACGUUGUCGUUUGUCGAAGUUUGUCUAUAUAUACAUAUUUAAAAGUAAAUAUAUAUUGUACAAAUUUUUAUAUAUACACAUACACAUAGUACUUAGAUAGAGAAGAGCGAAGAGUCGGGCUUCAUCGGCACAUCCGGUAUCUUAGCGAGACGACCUUAUCGGUGUAAGAACAAGAGAAAAAACGAAAGGGGAAAAGAGAUUGUUCGUUGUAAGUAGAAUGUAAAGCGAGGAGCAUUGCGAUCGACGUGAAAUCACACGGGAGGAACUUGUGAAAUCACGCGAAAGUGAAUCGAUUCUCUUUGCGUUUCCGCGGCGGUACCGUGCACGCGUACAGCGGCUUUCCUGCGAAAAUAGAGCGCUUAAAGACGCGAAACGAUCGCGUAUCUUCACUUAACGUAUUAUAGGGAUUACGGCGAUGAUCCCGACGGCGAGAUCUCGUCUCGGGAAGCGGCUCUCCCCUUGAGGGAGAGGAAGCAUCGUGCGGCACGACGAAAUCCCACACACGCGAUGUUCAACUUGGAUGACAAUACCGCGCGAUAUCAACUGAUAUUAUAUCUUGUAAAUACGAUAUUUUUACUUUGGGUUACUUAAGAGCGCACGCGGCGACACACGAUCAAGUGCGAUACGAUGUCUUCUCUUGUAUGCCAGUGCCAUUGCGCGUGUCACGUCAUCGUGUUACGAUUCAUUUCGCGGAGCUCACAGGAUCGGUCGGUCGUCCGAAAUCCACAAAACACACGGUGAACACGCGACGACGUCGCUGCGACGUCCGGCGGAAACACGCCAAGGUGAAUCGGGAUUGUCCAGUUGCAUCGACUAUUUCAAAAUAUUCAGGGCGAAAUCUCGCGAAUCUCCGAUCACAGGAUCGCGCGUUACGUUGGUUAAUUAUGUCCGCGAUUGUUAAUGAUGAAAAACUUGGAUGGCGAUCCUGAUGACUCGUUAGGAUUGUAAAGGAGACCGACAACUUGGCCUGUUACGUCCUCCGCCGCUUGCGAUCCACGUUUUGUUAUUUAUAAUAAUUAAUAAAAGCUCUGAAGACAAACCAUGUUUUUCUUUUUUGUUUUGUGACUCCUGCCAACUUUAAUCGGUGAACGCGCUAUUAUUUAUGCAUUCUGCGUUGUUAACGAGAAAAAUUAAUGCGAUUAUAUUAAUAUGAUAGAAUAUCGAUAAUUUGUAAAUCUUUCUCCAGAGAGAUUCCGAAACUUUUCGGGAGAAACGUGAGCUCGGGAUGUAACGGGUUCAAGUCGAAACGCAACGCUACGAGACGUAUAUAUACAUAUAUCGAGGUAUAUUUUUGAUUGAAAUGUGAAGAAUAUUCGAUACUGCUCGUCGCUGAGUCUCCGAUGAGUCGACGUAAGAGAGACAUGUAAAGAUAAGAUAGCUGCGAGUUGAAUAUGCGAGAAAAUAAGGACGGUGCGGCGGAGUGAUACGUGUGUGUAUUAAUGCGAAUGCGGUGUACGUGUGUGCGUGAAAAUUAGUAUGAAAAAGGAUAAAAGUGUGCACAUGUGUGAAUGUGUGUGUGUGCGCGCGUGUAGGGGAGAGAGAGAGAGAGAGAGAGAGAGAGAGAGAGAGAGAGAGAGAGAGAAAGGGAGGGAGGGAGGGAGGGAGGGAGGGGAAGAGAGAGAGAGAAGUAUGAAAGUGAGGUCGCAAAAUAAUGUGAUAUAUGUACGUCAAAAUUGAAACCCGAUUUUUCGAAACGGUGCUUUUUCUAUCUUAUAAAUAUUGUACAAUAUAUACAUAUACACAAACAGACACACGCGCCCGCGCGCAUACGCACACAUACACGCCACACAUAUGCACACAUGUAUACAAACACGGAUUCAGCGCGUUGUAUAGGGUUGUUUAAUGAUAUUAUGAAGAGAUAUUUGAAUACUACGUUAUAAUAAAUGUGGCAAUGUCGAGCUAGUUACUUAGUGGAGCACUUAGGGGUGUAUGGGAUAUUUGUAAUAUUUUUAAGCAGCGGUCGUUCCUUGAUAGGGGAGGUUCUGCGAUUGGCUAACCUCGAGCGGGAUCCAGUUAACGGUAUCGCGACCGGAUCGCACGCAACGCGAGUCUUUUACUACUUCGGGAAGACGCCGGAACUCGGAUUCGAGGAGGUGGUGGACGAUCGCUAUCGCGCAUCGAGUACUUAAACGCUUAGAGUGUCCGGGCGAUGUCGCCCGCCGGGAAAUCCGAAAACUUUCACGUCGCCGACAGACAAUUGCCCCGGGAAUGCACAGUCCUCGUUUUACCGACUCGAGCCGCUACUACUCUGUCCAAGAAAAACGAAACAUAGACACAACACAUAUCCUUUAUCGACACGCUCCCUCGAUUCUACGUAAACUCGUCCCUCCGACUCGUGGAUCCUCCUCGAGGAUGCUCGUCGACAAUGAUGCGGUUGCUCACGAAACUCAAAAAUGUAUUAUAAUACCGAUUACGAGCGCGUGUGCGCACACGUCAGAGCGCGAAUGACGUUCUAUACAUAGCUAUGUAUAAAGUCGUGAACAUUUUUUGUAUAAAAGACGCGUGUAAAUAAUUAAUAUAUAAAUAUAAAUACAUAUAAAUAUAUAAAUAUGAAAAUAUAUGAACAUAUAUAUAUAUAUAUAUAUACAUAUAUAUAUAUAUAUA